GCGUCCAUUCCAGCCUCUGAAAAGUUGGGAAUUUUUGCAAUUUCUCCUCUGAAGUUCAUGAGCUGAGCUGAGAGCGCUGGAAAAAUAAAGCGACAAACAUGAGUGGGAAUGUCGCCGAUUCAGCGAUUUCCCCGACUUCCCCUGCGCAAACAAUCCCUGCAGAUCUUUCAGGACAAAUGUUAGAGCUUGACGAGGACGAUGACUUGGAAGUUUUCAGCAAGGACACCAGCAUCACAGACGGGGGAUCUUUCAAUGCGUCCAUGCCGACGUCUCCUGGUUCCAUGAUCAACCAGUACAAGUUUGACGAGGAGGAUGAGCAAGAGGACCCAGGUGCCAAAGACAUCUUCAUCACCGUGGACAACCCAGAGAGCCAUGUUACAACCAUCGAGACCUUCAUCACCUAUAGGGUUCUCACCAAGACCACUCGCAGUGAGUUUGACUCGUCGGAGUAUGAGGUACGCCGCCGCUACCAGGACUUCCUGUGGCUGAAAGGCCGUCUGGAGGAAGCCAACCCCACUCUCAUCGUACACCCUUUACCGGAGAAGUUUGUCAUGAAGGGCAUGGUGGAGCGCUUCAACGAUGACUUCAUCGAGACGCGCCGAAGGGCUCUCCACCGCUUCCUCAACCGCGUCUCCGAGCACCCCAUCCUCUCCUGCAACGAGGACUUCAAGAUCUUCCUCACCGCACAGGCCUGGGAGCUGACGUCCCAUAAGAAGCAGGGCCCGGGCUUCCUGAGUCGCAUGGGGGACACGGUGCGAGCAGUGGCGGCCUCGGUGCGGGGCGUCAAGAGUCGGCCGGAGGAGUUCAACUCAAUGCAGGAGUACGUGGAGGCCUUCAGCCAGAAGAUGACCUCACUAGACCGCAUCACCCAGAGGAUAGUCAAGGAGGAGAGAGAGUACCUGGAGGAGUUGAAGGAGUAUGCCCCCACCUACACGCUGUGGUCAGGCUCGGAGGAGGAGCUGGCCGAGCCUCUGAAGGGCGUGGCCUCCUGCGUAGACAGGUGUUUCCAGGAGACGGAGGAGCAAGUCAGGCAGUUCUCAGACACCCUGGCUCCUGCCCUGCACGAGUAUGUGCUGUCUGCAGAGACCCUAAAGGCUGUGCUCAGGAGGCGAGACUUCAUCCAGGCAGAGCUGGAAGCCAAGAACGAGGCCCUGGCCGCCAAGAGGGCUGACAGAGAUGCGGAUCCCAGGGAGCGGGGCGUGGUGUGGCAGAGCCUGCUGGGUAAAGACCCCGAGGAGGCGCGCCAGCAGAGACAGCAGAGGCUGACCGGGGAGAUCCACGAGCUGAAGGAGGAGAUUGAUAAGCUGGAGGACCGCAUGGAGUGGGCCAACAACGCUCUGAAGGGAGACUGGAGCCGCUGGCAGAGGAGCAUGAGGACUGACCUCAAGGAGGUCUUCAUCACCACCGCACAGAAGAACGUAGACCACUAUGAGAAGUGCCUCGCUGUGUGGGAGUCCUUCCUUCUGUCUAUGAGGUCUGAAGUGGGAGACAUCAACCAGCCAUCAUCAGAUGACUCCUAACCUCCCUCCCACCUCCUUACCUACCUGGGCGUCUCCAUCGUCGGAUGACUCCUAACCUCCCCACCACUUCCUCAACUACCUGGGCAUCUCCUCCCUCGGAUGACUCCCUCCCCACCUCCUUACCUGGGUGUCUACAUCUGUGACACCUGCACACCACCAAAGAAGUCCCCAGCAACAGCCAAUUUCCUGCCACAUCUCUCCCUGGUUUUAACCCAUCCCCCACCCACUCCGUGCCUUGUGAGAUUACACUACAUUUGUCUUGCGUAUGUUUUUGUCCACUUAUUUCCCUCUCGUUAUUUUAUUAAUAUUCCACAAGCUCGUCACAGACAAUAACAAAACCCGUGGAGAAGGUACACCCUGCUGUGUGUGCGCUGUACCUCUGGGGUAAGCUCCAGCACGCACGGUGCCCUGGGGAGUUAGCCUGAAGGACUAGCCAGAAAAACAAACAGGAAGAGAGGUCUGUGCUGAAUCCAUGACAACCUCCCUCUGUGUUGCAAUACGGGAGAGAUAACGGGACUUGGUUCUGCCUUGUUUUUUAAAACUGUCUGUGUGUGUGUGAAUGCGUGUGUGUCUGUCGUUGUGUGUGUUUGUGUGUUUGUGUGUGUCAGUGUGUGUGUGCGCAGGCUUUGCUUGAUUGAGUGUGUGUGUGUGCGUGUGUGUGCGGAUUUUGAUACCUGAUUCUUGACACGACCAUGGUAAAUCUUUUAUACACAUUGUCUUCUUUACCUCUUACUUGAUGAAAAUGCCAAAUGAAAUAAUGAGACACAGUAUAUUGGAUUGGGUUUUUAAAAUGAUAACGGUGUAAUAAAGAUUAACAUAAUGUGAUAACAAAAUAAAGUGAUACUAAUUGUAAAGAGA